AUGUCAAUCGUCAUUUUCAAACAGAUGGGCGACAGAAGUACGAUAAAACAUUUAAAAAUUAGCUUAGCAGGCACAAGAAUGAACUCCAUGUACAUGCAGCCACCAAUGCACCAUGCAUCAUCAUAUGCUUCCUCUCGUUUCCCCGAUCAGAUGAACAACAUCUCCAACAACCCCUACCAUCUCCAACAACAACAACAACAACAAUUCAUGCAACAACAAUUUAUGCAACAGCAACAACAGCAACAAUUUUUUCAGCAGCAGCAGCAGCAACGUCUGCAACAGCAGCAACAAUUAACUCAAGCGAUGAACGGACAACGACCCUCCAUAUUCUCCCUUCAGAAUGCAAUGAACCUACAGUACAACAACAUGAACAACUCGAGGCCUCAACCCUCUCAGCAGAGCAUGUUCAGUUGUAACAUGCUCAGAUAUUCUCAGCCGCAACAACAGCCGCAACAACAACCGCAACAAAACCCGCAACAAACUGCUCAAAUUAACAGGCGAGGAAUGAAUCCUUUAGAAAUGGCGGUCAAGCAGCAAAAAAUGCACGACGAGUUUCAGCAGCAACUCUUGCAGAUACAACAACAGCAACAACAACAGCAGUUACAGCAGCAGCAGCAACAGAUGCAACUGCAACAACAACAAAAUCAGUUAAGCUAUGGCAAGCACGUGAUGCAACUGCAGCCUGCCUAUUUGCACAUGAUGCAACCGCAGCAGCAACAGUUUCAGCAACAGUUUCAGCAACAGAAACUCCAACUUCAGCAACCAAUCAACCCUUACUUACCACAGUCCUCUCAUGGAUUCAACAGUUACAACGUACAGAACACUGCAACGGACUACUCGCCGCUCUACUACCAGCAACAAAUGAUCCAGAAACUCCAACAGCAGAAGGAUCCCAACAACUUCCGUCAAAUCCUGCAGCCACUCAACAGAGGAUGA